AGUGUCAGCCUCUCGGCGGGAGGAGGAGCAGGGGGAGGGCUGUCAAAUUCGGGAGCCAGAUUUUUUUCUCUUCCACUGGCAAUCCCUUCCGCUUCCCCGGCUCCUGGCGUGACAUCUGCGGACUCGGGACCUGUAUGCGUGUGAGCGCGAAGGAGCGGAAGAAUGGCAGUGCUCAAACUCACCGACCAGCCACCAUUGGUCCAAGCAAUCUUCAGCGGUGACCCAGAGGAGAUACGGAUGCUCAUCCACAAAACUGAAGACGUGAACGCUCUGGAUUCUGAGAAGCGAACCCCGCUUCAUGUGGCUGCUUUUCUGGGAGAUGCAGAGAUCAUCGAACUCCUGAUUCUUUCAGGCGCUCGUGUAAAUGCCAAGGACAACAUGUGGCUGACCCCACUGCACCGAGCUGUUGCCUCCAGAAGUGAAGAAGCAGUACAAGUAUUGAUUAAGCACUCAGCUGAUGUCAACGCAAGGGACAAGAACUGGCAGACGCCCCUCCACGUGGCAGCAGCCAAUAAGGCUGUCAAGUGUGCAGAAGUGAUCAUUCCCCUGCUGAGCAGCGUGAACGUCUCCGACCGAGGGGGGCGCACAGCCUUGCACCACGCUGCUCUGAACGGCCAUGUGGAGAUGGUCAAUUUACUGUUGGCCAAAGGGGCAAACAUCAAUGCAUUCGACAAGAAGGACCGGCGUGCUCUGCACUGGGCAGCAUAUAUGGGCCACCUGGACGUCGUGGCAUUGCUCAUUAACCAUGACGCAGAAGUGACGUGUAAGGAUAAGAAGGGUUACACCCCCUUGCACGCCGCAGCCUCCAAUGGACAGAUCAGUGUGGUCAAACAUCUCCUGAAUCUGGGAGUGGAGAUUGAUGAAAUCAAUGUCUAUGGAAACACGGCGCUUCACCUGGCCUGCUACAACGGGCAGGACACUGUCGUUAAUGAGCUGACUGACUACGGUGCUAACGUGAACCAGCCCAACAACAGUGGGUUUACCCCUUUGCAUUUUGCUGCUGCCUCCACACAUGGUGCUUUGUGUCUUGAGCUGUUAGUAAACAACGGGGCAGACGUUAACAUCCAGAGUAAAGAUGGCAAAAGUCCACUGCACAUGACAGCUGUCCAUGGAAGGUUCACACGAUCACAAACCCUCAUUCAAAAUGGAGGUGAAAUUGACUGUGUGGAUAAGGACGGCAACACUCCUCUCCAUGUGGCUGCAAGAUACGGUCAUGAGCUUCUGAUUAACACCCUAAUAACCAGCGGAGCUGACACAGCCAAGUGUGGAAUCCAUAGCAUGUUCCCCUUACAUUUAGCUGCCCUAAAUGCUCACUCUGACUGCUGCAGAAAGUUGUUAUCAUCAGGACAAAAGUAUAGCAUAGUAUCCUUGUUUAGUAAUGAGCACGUGCUGUCUGCAGGCUUUGAAAUAGACACCCCAGAUAAAUUUGGAAGAACGUGCCUUCAUGCUGCUGCUGCAGGAGGUAAUGUGGAAUGUAUAAAACUCUUGCAGAGCAGUGGAGCGGAUUUCCAUAAAAAGGACAAGUGUGGGAGGACCCCUUUGCACUAUGCAGCUGCAAAUUGUCAUUUCCACUGUAUUGAGACAUUAGUGACCACAGGUGCCAACGUUAAUGAAACAGACGACUGGGGACGGACAGCGUUGCACUAUGCUGCUGCAUCAGACAUGGAUAGAAAUAAGACUACCUUAGGAAAUGCCCAUGAGAAUUCGGAAGAACUUGAAAGAGCCAGAGAACGGAAGGAAAAGGAUGCUGCAUUAUGUCUAGAGUUUCUGCUUCAAAAUGAUGCAAAUCCAUCUAUCCGGGACAAGGAAGGUUACAAUAGCAUACAUUAUGCUGCUGCCUAUGGCCACAGACAAUGUCUGGAAUUGCUUUUGGAAAGAACCAACAGUGGUUUUGAAGAAUCAGAUUCCGGUGCUACCAAGAGUCCGCUGCACUUAGCUGCCUACAAUGGGCAUCAUCAAGCCGUGGAAGUCCUGCUGCAGUCCCUGGUGGACCUGGACAUCAGGGAUGAGAAAGGCCGCACUGCUCUGGAUCUGGCUGCCUUUAAGGGACACUCAGAAUGUGUGGAAGCACUUAUUAAUCAGGGCGCAUCCAUCUUUGUGAAAGACAACGUAACCAAAAGAACUCCACUUCAUGCCUCAGUAAUUAAUGGUCACACACUGUGUUUGCGGCUAUUACUAGAAAUUGCAGACAACCCAGAAGUGGUGGACGUGAAAGAUGCCAAAGGACAAACCCCACUGAUGCUUGCAGUAGCAUAUGGACACAUUGAUGCUGUUUCGUUGUUACUUGAAAAGGAAGCAAAUGUAGAUGCCGUUGACAUUAUGGGAUGCACAGCGUUACACAGAGGGAUUAUGACGGGACAUGAGGAAUGUGUGCAAAUGCUGCUGGAACAAGAAGUGUCGAUUCUCUGUAAAGAUUCCAGAGGAAGGACACCCUUGCAUUAUGCGGCUGCUCGUGGCCACGCCACAUGGCUGAGCGAGCUACUCCAGAUAGCACUUUCUGAGGAAGAUUGUUCUUUCAAAGAUAACCAAGGCUACACGCCACUGCACUGGGCUUGUUACAAUGGUAACGAAAACUGUAUAGAGGUACUUUUGGAGCAAAAAUGUUUUCGCAAAUUUAUCGGCAAUCCCUUUACUCCACUGCACUGUGCAAUAAUAAAUGAUCAUGAGAAUUGUGCAUCAUUGUUACUUGGAGCCAUAGAUUCCAGUAUUGUCAAUUGUAGAGAUGACAAAGGCAGGACACCGCUUCAUGCAGCAGCAUUUGCUGAUCACGUGGAGUGCUUGCAGCUACUUCUGAGACACAACGCUCAAGUGAACACAGCAGACAAUUCGGGGAAAACAGCACUGAUGAUGGCUGCUGAGAAUGGGCAGGCGGGCGCUGUGGAUGUUUUGGUGAAUGGUGCCCAGGCUGAUCUGACUGUAAAGGAUAAAGACUUGAACACACCCUUACAUUUGGCUUGUAGUAAAGGUCAUGAAAAAUGUGCCUUGUUAAUACUUGACAAGAUACACGAUGAGAGCCUUAUUAAUGCAAAAAAUAAUGCACUGCAGACACCCCUCCACGUUGCUGCACGCAAUGGCUUAAAGGUAGUAGUUGAAGAGCUGCUGGCCAAAGGGGCCUGUGUCCUCGCUGUAGAUGAAAACGGUCAUACCCCGGCCCUGGCUUGCGCUCCUAACAAAGACGUGGCUGACUGCCUGGCCCUCAUUUUGGCUACCAUGAUGCCUUUUUCUCCUUCCAGUACAAUGACGGCUGUCAACUUCAUUUGUUUUAAAAAAGACAAUUUGAGCAGGACAACCCUCUCCAAUCUGGGGAGUAUGGUUAGUCUGUGCAGUAACAACGUAGGCUCGGAGGAUGGGUACAAUGAAAAUGAUUCUGAUUCAGAAACGUUUUGACUUUGGACUGUAGAAGCUUUUUCUUGAUCAACCAUGUUGGAGAAAGGGAAAGAAGCUUGAAUUCCAGGUUUAGGUUGUGUCCAAGUAUUAUUAUGGCCUCGAGCUUCCAGAAGCCAGUAGAGAAGGAAUUAAUCAAAUGGAGGGAGGGCAGCUAAAGCUGUAGGGCAAAGCACUCACACAGAUGGCCCCAAUUUUUAUUUGUUUCAUGUUUUCCUUAGAUGUAAGAUACUUCUGUGGAAGUCUACCUCUCAUUUUUAAGUAAAGAAUAAAAAAUGCACUUAAUUUUUUUCUUUGGGCAUAAUGAACCAAGAGGGAACUGUUUCCUAUAAAGUGUUUUUUGUUGUUGUUGUUUUUCUUGCCCUCAUGUACUCACUUGGCAGUGAGUUCUCAGAAGUAUAUCAAUGUGACAUUUAUGUCCCCCAGGAGGGGAGAGAAGGGGUGGGUAGGAAACGCCUCAAACCUCUUCUCACUUUGAUGUUUACUUCCUCACUAGAAGCCAAAGGUAAAAGUGUUCAUCUUCAGUAAUAAUGCCUGUAAUAAUGUUUUUAAGGGAGUCCAAUUACUCAUAUAUUCUCUAUAGUAAGCACUUAAAUAUCCAGAACUUCUUUCUGAGGAUAUUUGUUAAAGUUGCUAGAUGAAGGGGAAAAUUCACUGAAAACUGAACUUGCUUAUUUUUUAUUAUUUAACAUAAAUAUGGCACCCAGUGCUCCCCCAUAACAAGCCUGUGACUUAUUUUCACUCGAGUGAUUGAAUCCGAGUCUAUCUAACAACACUUCAGGUGAAAAUUAUAUUGCACCAAAACUUGGAGACAUAUGCAAGUUUAAUAUGAAACUACCCUUUAUUGAUUCGUCUUUAAAUCAAAAUAUUAACUUUUUAAAAACAUCAGGACCAUCAGCAUUGUUCAUCAAUAGUAAAUAUUCAAUGAGCUUCUCAGUAAAGGUCAUGCCAAGUGAGUGAAAGUGUGACUGCAAAAGGGAACAAAGAAAAUGAAAGGAGGAGGUAGAAAUGGGUGAUGUGGAAAUUAAAGCCAACUGAUAGUUGCUUGAUGAUGAAAUCAACAUAGUACUGUGUCUGCUCCCUCUGCCAAAGCUUCUAGGUCAAAUGGACCCCGUUCCGCACCUGGAAUAGCUGUACAAAAAGAAGAAUGAGACUGUUUAAAAAUUAUGCACAUACACGCGUGCACAUAUAUGUGUAUAUAUAGCUAUAUAUAUAUGUCUGUAGUUCAUCAACCAGCUAUACAUGAGGACCAAAUGCUUCAGUCUAAAAUAGAAGACUUAAAUUGUUUUCCUUCAAAAUGAAAGUGAGAACUGAAGUAACUUUUCUACGGAGUUAAAAAUGUAAUCUUUUUGUGUAACAGUCUUUGUUGUAUUUUAUAUUUCUUAUGACAGAGAUUUCUAGUUGAUGGUUUAACAUUUGUAACUGAUGAUGUGUUGACCACGGCUUAUUUUUUUGCCAAACCAGAGAAAAUGUUCAUAUACUUUUGAUGUGAAUGUGUUUAUAUUUAUUUGAAAUGAAACAAAUGCCUAGGAAACAUCCUUUGUUUGUUCUCUCUUUUAAUUGCUGUGUGUCUUACUUGGCAUAACAAAAAAGCAGAAAAAUACAUAGGGGCCUCCAUGGGCUAGCCAGCAGUUCUGGGGCCAAGCCCAGCACUUCCACUGCUAACGUUUCCAGCCGACCCUUGGGAUCUCCCAAUUGAUUGGAGAGGAGUACAACAUCCAUCACCCAGCCCCAGUUGGUAGCCAACGUAGAGCUUAGAAGACACUGGAGUCCUUAUGCUCUUCUGUCAGAUGAAAACUGAAGCAUAUAGUGGAUCAUAUGCACAAAGGUGGCCAAAAGAAAGGUACAGAAAUUAUCCUAAAUAGUACACCGAAAUCUCACAGGGUUCCUGUAACCUGAUGGGAAACCAUAUCAGUGUGUGAGCACAUGUACCUAGAGGAGAAAUAAAAUCACCAGCUCAAGUGCUAUUUUCCACUUGAGGAAGAGACAGAAAAGAAACAUGUUGCAUUAGGACAGUGUUCUCCAACCAUUUUAUAAUCGGUUCCAUGUUCACCCUGGAAAUUUCUAUUUCAUAGUGUAUGUGAACAGUGUUCUAUCAUAUCUGGAUCAAAUACAGAUCUGUAUUAUAUUUUUCAUCUAACUGUAAAAGACUUUGAUCUUCUUUUAAUAUCCUGGAUUUAAUUAAAAACUCAUGUUGUGCACUUCACAAAUGAGAAUUUGUUCAGGAGACUUACAGAAUUGGAAUUAAUUUCAUUGAAAAUUUUCAACACCACCAACACUGCAUUUUUAAUUCUUGGUGUUGUGUUCCCCUCCUUCCUCUAUCCUUUUUGUUUGAUUAGAGAAGAUGAAUUUUUUAAAGUAGAUACGUUGCUGAUGAGAAAUAAUGACCUUGUCUUUACCAAAACACUGAAAAUAAGGGAGAUCCAAUACUGAAGAAGCACGAUGCUGCAGUGUCUUUUUCCAGAAAUGAAUGGAAAUCUGGCUCAGUUGGCGUUUAAAGCAGGAAAUGAAAUCCUGCUUUUUAAUGGCGAAGUAGCAUUAACGUUUUUCCUGUAGAGUAGCACAGAGAACAAGGAACGUUGUUGUACCAACGCGGUGACGGCCCUGUGACAUUAUCUCCAUGGAGCUGAGUUUUGACUUUUCUCCCUCUUACUGAUAGAAAGAAGGAGGACAAAGGAACAAAAUGAAAUCAUGCUAACUAUGAACUGUUCAUUGAACCAAUCUCUUCUUUUUCUCUCUCCCCAUAAGACCAAUUAUUUUCCUUUAAGAAAUGACUUUAAAAACUACGAGUUCUCUGUUUUUCAAGUACAUCUCUUAGAAAUAAAAAUAGAUUUGCAACAAAGCUUUCUAAGGAAAAAAACAAAACAGAAAACAUGAUGCUUUUUAUGGAGUCUUAGUUGUUUAGUGCUUUUACCUGAAUGUGUUAUUUUUAGACUGUAUUUUAACCACAGCCACAGGGAUCGUGUUUCAUUGCACUUAACCUGUUCAACAGUGUCUGCCUAUCCUUGGUAAAUACUAUCUCCAAAUUGCCUAAAAUCUGCUAUGAUUCUACAGUAAAUAGCUCAGGGGAUUUCUAUUUAUCACUACUAAAAGGGCACCAUAGUAUGUUUUGGUACUUUAGGCAGUAAACAGCUGCUUGAUUUAUUAUUUUGUUAUUAAAUUAGAACAAGAACAUCAAAUGGAUUUGCUGCACUAGUUAUUUGUACUGUUUGAGCAACUUAGUUUGCUUAUCUGUUGCGUUGGUUGAAGAACUCAUCCCUUUUUUGUCUUGUAAUAUGAAGUUAGAGUGCCUUUUUAUAUUUGUAUAGUCUGAAAAUGUUCUGUGAAAUGUUUUGUAUUUUUUUCAUUUGAGUGUUAUCAGAGCAAUAUAAUACCCGUGAGUUUUCAUUUCAACCUUUCUUCGAAUGUAUAAAGUGUCUUUUUUUCCUAUUUCCCCUUUCAUCUGCUUUGAAAUGAAAAUGAAAAUGCCGAAGUUUUCUAUAGGAGUUAUAUUUGACUUUGCAGUGCUAAAAUGCUUUCUUCUUAAAAAACUGUAAACCAUAGGUCAGUGUUACAAGGAAAAAGCGUUUUAAGAUAGUGACAAUCUGAGUGUGUGUACAAAAUGUAAUUCUAUGCGUUUCUUAUGCAGUGAUCUAAAAAUUCAAAGCAAAUAUCUUUUGUUUGGUAGUUCGUCUAUAUAUUUUAUGCUUUAGCAUGUGCAAUAUAUCUUUGCAAAGCACGAUGAUACCAAUCUGGUGCCAGUGUUAUAUUUUGCAUAACAUAUUUGUAACAGCAUAAAAUAUUGUUUGAUGAUUUCAGUGGGAUUUUGUCUGUAAUGUUUUCUUAUGUAAAUUGGAGUUGAAGGACUCUGAUAAAUGUCAUGACUGUAAAAAUGAGGAAAAUGACUUUCAGUUUAGUGAAUGACUUCGAACCAAUCUGAAUCUUCUCAAGCACAGUUUAAUACUUUUUCAACUACUGAAUGCUGAAAAUGUAAUGAAGUACUUAACUGUAAUAUACAAUGGAAAUGCAUUCAGAUGGUUAUUUUUACAAAUAAAAACGGUACAAAUAUUGUUGCAA